AUGGCGGCACCUGCUCGCCCCUGUGGGCCUCGCUGCCUCUCCGUCCGCUGCCACAACCGGCGGCAUGGCACCGCCGUCCGCGAGGAUGUCAGGUUCAUGCAGGUGAAGUUUGGUUGUGCCCGGACCCAAAAAUACAGCAAGAAGAGAAAGCAGCAGCCCAGCUUGUGUCCAGCUUAUUUUGUCUUGCAAUAUGAGGAGGACAUAGACCAGCUUGUGAUCAGCGAACUGAACAGCGACCAUGUCCAUGCGGACCUGGUGUUUUCCCUGGCCAGAGCCACUGCUGCGAUGGCAAGCACCGUGGCAUGCGACGGCCCCGCAACAAAACUGCGUAAGCAGCAGGAGGCAGGUGGGACUGACAGCGAUGCCACGGCGGGUGAGGACUCGCAUGCCGUCACGGGACAACUGGUGGAUGGGGCGCUUGCUCCGUACAGGGCUCCCAUGCUCCCUGAGGCAGCGAAGGAAAAUGGCUCAGCCUCAGCGCUCGUCAGGGUUGCUGAGGUCAUGAAAACCUUCCUGAGGCUGGACAGGGGCUCGCUGGCCUCGAUUAGUGCAGAUGGCGACCACGGCCUGGAUAGGCUCAGCUUCCAGACUGGCAAGAUGAAGAGCUCGUUCAUGCAGUUCCCUGAGAGCCUCCUGCUGCACAGGGUGCCAAGCGAGGCGGGACACGUUCUCUACGCUUUCCUUGUGGAGAGUCAGGAGCGAGCGGGGAGAGUAGUGCACUUGUCACUGCUGAAGGACGACACAGGACAUGGCAUCAGGAAGAUGCUGACCGUCUUCAAGGAGUUCAACCCCGAGUGGCAAAAGGUCCAGGCUGUUUUCGUGGACGUGUCCUUCUUUCACAAAGCCAUCCUCCACGAGUUCUUUCCCUCUGCCCAGGUGCUCCUUUCUGUCUAUCACACUGUCCGACUGCUUGAGAAGAACGUGAAGGAAGCAGAAAUCUCCUCUUCCGUCAAGCAGAACUUGACGCUGGCCUUGCAGAGAGCCGUGUUUUCCCCUUCGGCUGCAAGUCUGGAUGCCCUGUCCCAGCUGGCGAAGUGUGUGGUCAGCCCGGAGCUGUACAACUGCCUGCAAGCCAACUGGUUCUCCUGCGAGCUGCUGUGGCGCAUGCACACGGAGAAGGGUCUGCGCUGCUGCAGCACGCACAUGGACAGCCUGGACCUCAUCACGCAACAAAUAUCCUGUCUCUUGGGCCAGCAGCCAUCCUUGGAGGCGAGCAUUCUUCGUUUUCUGGAGUGUGCGGACUACCUUGAUUCCAGAGACUUGGAAAGCCUGAACUGGGGUGUCUCAGGCAGCGAGGAGGCUGGUCGGAGCAGCCUCCAGGAGAAGCCUGACGUGCGUGCCGGCGCUGCAGUGGAACCAGGCCCCAUUUCUGGCUUUCUGGCUCUUACUGAGCACCCCAAGCCCGCUGGGCAGGCUGCCGCAGCCGGGCCAGGCUGCAUGCUGGCCACACUCCGGGAGAGCUGUACGGAGCUGGGCUCCUGGCUGUGCCUGAAGGAGUGGGAGGUGGUGCAGGCGUCCACCCAGCUGCUCAGCCCUGCACCGGGCAGCCUCGCCAUUCGGCUGCUGGAAGACGCGCACUGGGUGAGCCGCGACUGCCGGAGCUGUAGCUGCUGCCUCCCCCGCCGCCACCCGCUCCCCCCCCCCCCGCUGCUGCUGCACCGGGCGGGCGGGCCGGCGGGCCGGGCCCUCUACGUCUUCCUGGUGGCCGGGCCGGCCCCGGCGCUGCGGGGCGGCAUGGCGAGGGUGGUGCACUUCGCCGUCCCGCGGGACGAGUCGGCGGGCGGCCUGUCCCGCAUGUACGGGGUCUUCAGGGCCUUCAACCCCGCCUGGGCCGAGACCCGGCUCCUCCUGGUGGGCCCCGGCCUCCCCCAGCCGCCGGCGCUGGCCCAGGCCUUCCCCGCAGCGGAGGUGCAGCUCUCCGUCUUCCACCUCUGCAAGCGCCUGCAGCGGCGGGUCCAGCGGCUGGCCCUGGAGGGCCGCGCCGAGCGCCUGAUCCUGGCCAGCCUGAGGGACGCCAUGUGCGCAGCCACUGAGAGCCGCCGCAGGAAGAUGCACGCCCUUUUGAGGGACCUAGUGACGCCGGACUUGCUGCCGCAGCUCCAUAUUCACUGGCUGCUCGAUGAGGAGAUCUGGGCCACGCACAGGGAGCGGAGCUGGGGGGAGAGCAGUAGCUACUUUAGGGACCUGGAGAUCGUCACCCAGGGGUUGAGCCAGGUUUUCAGCACUGGGCUCUCUCUGGAGAGCUGCAUCACCUCCUUAGCCCAGCACUACCAAAAGUGUGUUUCCAAGAGCCCUCCUGAUGCUGUGAUGUGCUCCGUUCCCCAUCCUGAUCACUGUGCUGCUCGGGCAGCUCCCCAAAGCCUGCCUGCCUCGGGUCCGCCUCCCACCCCUGUGUUGUGCCAGGGUACGCCAUCUCAGAGCUCCGUCCAGGCCUCCCCCACCAUGAGUCCACCGGCAGCUCCUCGGCUCCCUGCAGCUCUUCAGCACCAGCCUGAAAUCCCCCAGGCUCUCCUCCAGAGCAAGCCCUCGAGCCCUCAGUCCUCAUUAGAUCCUUCAUCUCCUGCGGCUGAACUGGAGGCCACAGAAAACCCGGAGAGUGACAGCGAGGAGGAGAUUAACCGACGGAGUGAAGAACACAUCAAGCAGUCUUUGAGCGAUAUUUGCACGGAGGCUGCUGCCAGGCUGUGCCUGAGUGAAUUCGCGGUGGUUCAGAAGUCCGUGCAGCUGAUAGGCAGUGGGGAGGAUGCGCUGAGUGUACAGGUCCUGGAGGAUGCCCACAGGGUGGACCUGAAAGGCCUGAGCAGCUGCACUUGCUACUUCAACCAGGUCUUCCAGCUGCCCUGCCGGCACAUCCUGGCCGUGUUGAAUUCGGACAGGAAGACCGUGCAGCCGGAGAUGCUCGGCAGACAGUGGCAGAAGGGAUGCGAUGCCCAUCAGGCUGGGGGAAACUGUGCUGAUGGCCUCUUGGAGGUCCUGAAGAGCUCCUGGAACGCGUCUUUGGAUAAAUCCCUGGUGGUGUCCUUCCUCACGGCAGAGGUCAGCCGGCUUCUCACCCGCUGCAGUGGGGAGGAGUUUGAGUGCAGGUACAGGACCCUUCGGGAGCUGGCUGACAGCUGGAUUGGGCCCUACGUUGAGGUGAAGCUCUAG